AUGUUGCCGCUUUCGAAGUGCAGCUGGUCACAAACUUCGGAGCCAGGAGCACCGGGACUGAAGGGACUGAAGGGACUGCAAGGAGCACUGCAAGGAGCACUGGCACCUAACAAACGGAGCAAGUGCAGCACUGGCCGCACUGGCCCCUGUCGAUCUCUCAUCCCAACAGCUAACAGUUACAACUGUUAUAGUUGUGAUUACACAGCUGUCGGAUCUGUCGGAUUGGUCGGAGCUUUAGCUUUCGCAACGAGAUCAAGGACCACCUCACGGCUCAGGUCCGCACGGUCCGCUGUGGUUCCAGGAAAGAACCGGCAUUCGGCACCAGUUCGGAAGUGGCUUGAUGAUGUGGUGAUUGGUUUGGGCUUCUGUCCCUGGGCAUCUCCAGCAGAUGAAGCUGAUGGUAUCAGAGUGGUGACCAGCAAGUCCACAACUUCUCGGGAAGUUUUUGAGGACUUGAUACAGGAAGCUAGGGGUCUUUGGGCGGAAUUCCUGCCGCAAAGCCAAGCUGGCCAGACUAACCAAACAAAGGGCAUGGCAAAAACCACUUUGCUCGUGUGUCCGAAUGUGAAGGCGUGGAAUCGCGAUUUUCGAUAUUUCCAUUCUUUUUACACAUGGCAUCUUGAUAGUGGCUUUGCGUUGGCAGAGUCGCUGGGUAUCAAAGUCGUACCCUUUCACCCGGACUUUGCUUUGCUGCCCCGUGGUCCUGAAACUGGUGACCAUAUCAUGGUGCCUGGUCCGGAUGGUCAGGAUGCAAGUGCCAUUGUCCUAGAGAAGAAUGCCGGAAAAGAUGAGGCUGGAGAAUAUUGCAUGGCUGUUCGGUUCGCAAAUGGAGAUGAAGGUCUUAUUCGUCAUGCCUCUGUCAUCGCUCAAUCCAGCGACCAGUCAUCAGAUGACGAUUUAUGUAGGAACUUUACUUCCCGGGCACCACGUCCAGUUCUACACCUACUUCGGUUGCCUGAUCUUAUGAAGGCCGAGCGAGAAGCACAGCGCAUUCCCAAGAAGCCGCGCUUUGAGAAGGAAGCCAAAGAGAUGGAGGUUGAAUUGGAUCGCAUGGCCAGAGAAGAGGUGGCUGAUGGCAAGGAGCUGGCAGAAAUGCGGGGCACCACCGAGGCAGUCACGGAACGAAAUGAAUUUACAAUCAAGUCACUAGGGCGCUUGCGCUUAAUGGAAAUCAUGGAGAGCUGUGAGGAUUUACCAAGUGGGUGA